AUGGGAGCAACCCUCAUUUCAAUCAGUAGACUCACCCACACAGGCUAUGCAGCCUUAUUCUGUGGUGACUCAUGUAGAAUUCUCGAUGCUAAGAACAAGACACUAGGCGAAGUUACCAUCAGCAGAGGCUCAUAUUGCAUCAAAAAUGAACUGACCACGUGUGCAGCAGCCACAAAUACAUUGAAGGUUCUGACCAUGGAGGAUCUACACCGACAGAUGGCCCAUGUCACCCCAUCAGCUAUUUGUGAGAUGUUGGUGAAGGGGAUGGCAGAAGGAGUCAAGCUAGAUCCUAACCAUACUACCAUGGGUCAAUGCAAGUCUUGCAAAUAUGCAAAGGCCACAUGCAAACCAAUCGGGAAGGAAUGUAACCCAAAAUGA